AACCCCAAUAUGACAGUUGCUACCGGAGAUCCUGCAGACGAAGCUGCAGCUCUUCCCGGUCACCCGCAGGACACGUAUAACCCUGAGACCGACCAUGAAUGCUGCGAGAGGGUGGUCAUUAAUAUUUCGGGUCUGCGCUUUGAGACACAGCUCAAGACACUAGCCCAGUUUCCAGAGACCUUACUAGGGGAUCCUAAAAAGAGAAUGAGAUAUUUCGACCCACUCCGGAAUGAGUAUUUCUUUGACCGGAACAGACCCAGCUUCGACGCGAUUUUGUACUAUUACCAGUCCGGUGGGAGGUUGCGGAGGCCGGUUAACGUGCCCUUGGAUAUCUUCUCGGAAGAGAUUCGUUUCUAUGAACUGGGGGAAGAAGCGAUGGAGAUGUUUCGGGAGGAUGAAGGCUACAUCAAAGAAGAGGAAAGACCGUUGCCUGAGAACGAGUUUCAGAGACAAGUGUGGUUGCUCUUUGAGUACCCUGAGAGCUCAGGCCCUGCCAGGAUUAUAGCUAUUGUCUCCGUCAUGGUGAUUUUAAUCUCCAUCGUCAGCUUUUGCCUGGAAACGUUGCCCAUUUUUCGGGAUGAGAACGAAGACAUGCACGGCAGUGGGCUGAGCCAUCCCCCCUACUCCAACAGCAGCAUGGGGUACCAGCAGUCCACCUCUUUCACAGACCCCUUCUUCAUCGUGGAGACACUUUGCAUCAUCUGGUUCUCCUUUGAGUUCUUGGUGAGGUUUUUCGCCUGCCCCAGCAAGGCUGGGUUUUUUACCAACAUCAUGAACAUUAUAGACAUCGUAGCCAUCAUUCCCUAUUUCAUCACCUUAGGGACGGAGCUGGCCGAGAAGCCGGAGGAUGGUCAGCAAGGCCAGCAAGCCAUGUCCUUGGCCAUCCUUCGAGUCAUCCGCUUGGUGCGGGUAUUCAGGAUCUUCAAACUCUCCCGACACUCCAAGGGGCUGCAGAUCCUGGGGCAGACUCUCAAGGCCAGCAUGCGGGAGCUGGGCCUCUUGAUAUUUUUCCUCUUCAUCGGCGUCAUCCUCUUCUCCAGUGCCGUCUACUUUGCCGAGGCCGACGAGAGCGAGUCCCAGUUCCCGAGCAUCCCCGAUGCCUUCUGGUGGGCCGUGGUUUCCAUGACGACUGUUGGCUACGGAGACAUGGUCCCCACGACCAUCGGGGGGAAAAUAGUGGGUUCCUUGUGUGCCAUCGCUGGCGUAUUAACGAUUGCCUUACCAGUGCCCGUCAUAGUGUCUAACUUCAAUUACUUCUACCACCGGGAGACGGAGGGAGAGGAGCAGGCUCAAUAUUUGCAAGUAACCAGCUGCCCAAAGAUCCCCUCUUCCCCUGACCUAAAGAAAAGCAGAAGUGCCUCUACGAUUAGUAAGUCCGAUUAUAUGGAGAUUCAGGAAGGCGUAAACAAUAGCAAUGAGGAUUUUAGGGAGGAGAACUUGAAGACAGCCAAUUGCACCCUAGCUAACACAAACUAUGUGAAUAUCACCAAAAUGCUAACCGAUGUCUAGUCGCUAAAAUCUAGU